AUGAGAACUCAUCUUCUCUGGAGUGCUCUGCUCGGCCUCUUGCCUGCCGCAGCGGUAGCCUCCGAUACGUUGACCACGGCCGGAUUCGAUAUGUGCAUGGCGGACUCCGACAUUAAAGUGCAGAAAUUGGAUGUGUCCUACACGCGCUCAAACAACGAAGUGGUUUUCGAUGUGGCCGGCACCAACGACAAGGUGCAGAAUGUCACGGCCACCAUAACCGUCACGGCGUACGGCAAGCAGGUUUACACCAAGUCCUUUGAUCCAUGCCACGACGAGGUGCACGUUGCAAGAUUAUGUCCUGUUCCGUCCGGCUCCUUUUCGGCCCAGGGAAAGCUCGCCAUUCCGUCCGAAUAUGCAAGCCAAAUUCCUUCCAUUGCCUUCUCCAUUCCUGAUUUGGAUGGUCAGGCAAAGCUAGUGCUCAACUCCAAGGACAGUGACGAAGACGUCGCCUGCGUGGAGUCCCAGUUGUCCAACGGCAAGACCACCAACAUCCCUGCGGUGACCUAUGUUUCGGCGGGCAUCGCAGCCGGUGCCCUUGCACUCAGCGGACUGUCUGCCAUGGGCGCGGCGGGUCAUCCCGGCGCGCCUUCCGCCAGCCCGGGGUUCGGUGAUGUGAUGGGGUGGUUUCACACCAUGGCCACCAAUGGCAUGUUGAGUGUUAGCUAUCCCACAGUCUACAAGAGCUUCAGCAAGAACUUUGCCUGGAGUACGGGCCUGAUCCCGUGGACGGACAUGCAGAACUCCAUUGACAACUUUCGCAAAAUGACUGGAGGCAACUUGACAGACGCCAAUUUCCAGUACUUGAAGAACCUGAGCUCAUCAUCCGGCGGCUCGUCGUGGCUUAAAAGGCGGGCCCUUGACCAGGUGGUCCAAGUUGCGGACUUGGUCUCGCGUUCCAUCGAUACCUCGUUCGACGCUAGUACAAAUAAUAGCUCCUCGAGUGAUGACGGGAGUGGCCUCCACAAGGUGAUCGAUGGAAUCAAAGGCGUUUCGGAGGAGCUGAUGAUUCCUGCAGCCAAUACGUUCAUGACCGUCCUCAUGAUCUUCGCCAUUGUCAUUGCCGUCAUCGUUGUGGGCAUUCUCCUCAUCAAAGUCAUUCUGGAAAUCUGGGGGCUAUAUGGCUCUUUCCCCAAGAAACUCGCCACAUUUCGCAAUGAUUACUGGGGCUUGAUGGCGCGGACGAUCACCAACUUGAUUCUUGUUCUCUAUAGCAUCUGGGUGCUAUACUGUGUUUACCAGCUCAAGAACGGUGAUUCAUGGGCCGCCAAACUCCUCGCAGCUGUUACCCUUGCCACAUUCACGGCCAUCCUCCUCGGCUUUGGGGCUCGCAUCAUCUACAUGGCUCGCAAGUACAAGAAAGCUGAAGGUGACACCUCUGGCUUGUACGAAGACAAGGAAACAUGGCGCAAGUACAGCCUGUUCUAUGACAACUACAAGAAGGACUUUUGGUGGCUGUUUGUCCCCAUUAUUAUCUACAUGUUCGCCAAGGGAUGUAUCAUUGCUGGUGCGCAAGGUCACGGCCUGGUCCAGAGUGCGGGUCAGUUGAUUGUCGAGUCUCUCUUGUUGAUCCUGCUGGUGUGGAACCGUCCAUAUGCCACCAAAUCCUGCCUGGGAAUCAACAUCACCAUCCAAAUUGUCCGAGUCUUGUCGGUUGCUUGUGUGCUGGUCUUUGUCGAGGAACUGGGCCUGUCCCAAACCACCAAGACUGUCACUGGAAUUGUCCUCAUUGUUCUCCAAUCCGCUUUGACGGGCGUCCUUGCUAUUCUCAUUGCAAUCAAUGCUAUCAUCACAUGCUGCCGGGAGAACCCCCACACCAGAAGGAGAAAGGAAGAGGCCAAACUGAGCCGCGACAUGGACGACCUCACUCCUUUGGAUGCACGAGAGUCCCUCCUGAUCGAGCACCCACAAAAGCACGAGUAUACGGGAAUGAGCAAGUUCAACUUCACAGGACCGUACGAGCAAUACCGAGACCAGUCUCGCCGGCCCAAUUCAGCCGGCAGUAGUGACCACCUGGUGUACGCCGACUAUUCCGACAUGGGACAUGGCCGUACCUACAGCCACGAGAGUCAUCAGUCUCGUCGUAGUAUCGAAGGCCGCAACCCUACUACCCCUGGCUACGGCAUGGCGUAUUAA